AGAGAGAGAGAGAGAAGUGCGCAAGGCUCAGUUCCUGUGGAAAAAUAAAAUGGAAAUGGCACAUUAUAAGGCUUAAUGGCCAUUGAUUUUUCUACAGCAGUCUACUGAGUGGUAUACAUCACAAAUAUGAAGUUUUGUGAUUCAUGUAAUUUUCAAGAUGAAUGUAAAUCAAAAUCAGAAUGUAUCAAAUUCAAUUUCAUUUCAUUUAGAUAUUCAUUGGGGGAAAUGACUUUUUAAAUACAUUUAUAGGUCUUGAGUCAGUGGUCAGCCCUUGUUUUUGCAAACAAAUAUUAAUGUUUAGGUCAAUCUUUUAGGUCAAUUUAGGUAAUAUUUGACUGUAGUUUUUGUACUGUAACUGAUGUCACUUAUAGAUGUAAUAAUGAUGUUCUCACAUGAGGCGUUAAAACAAGUGUGUUGCAUGUGACCUGUGAAUGGGACUUCUGCUCAUUGGCUGGUUUACAAUCGCCCUCUCUUGGUUUCAAAUCUCCAAAAUACAUUUUCAUCUUAAAAGCCUUUUUGAAAGCAACCAGAUUUAAUAACGGGAAUGCAUUUUAGUUGUGGAAACAACACAAAGAUCAUACGACAUCUAUUCUGUCUACUAGUAUGGUGUCAAGCUGUAGAAACAGAACUUACAAAUUUGGGAGAAAAUGUAACCAUAAACUGUGAUCUUGAUGAAAAAGAGAUUUAUUGGAUGGUACUGAAGCCACCAAAUCGUCCAGUUAUGAUAUUGCGGAUAUUUUCAACUUCACCAACUCCUUUUUACUAUGAUGUAGAAUUCAGAACCAAAUAUUCAGUGCAACCAAAACAUUGUCUAUUCAUUAAAAAUGUCACUCUUGAUGAGUUAGGCAUUUAUUACUGCAUGACCACUGAGGCACCUCCAAAAUUCAGCAACGGAACAAGACUUCACAUCAUUGAACAAACUCCAUUAACUAAGUGCCGGAACAACACUUUUGAGCAGAAUCAUACCGCAGUGAAUUAUACUAAGCAGAUUCAGAGACCAUGGAACAUUAUUAUCCUCAUAUCUGGUCUGUUGCAUGGUGUUCUGGUCAUUGUUGUCAUUGGUAGUGUAUGUUGCUAUUCUGGAAAAAAUGUAAAACAUCAAGAGGUAGAUUUACAACAGACUCAUUUUAUUCCUUUGGAACAACUUCAAGAGUCAGAGACAAUGUAUACUGAGGUAGUCUUUACUUCGAUGUGUGAAGAGUUUGAACAGAACCGGUGAUUUUCUGCCACAGCCCAAAUCAUAAACAGAAAACAUUGUGCCUGACCUCAUUUCAGCAGGUCAGCUUUGUUUUAAAUAUAAAAUUUCAUAGCAUAUGCUUACUUACAUAAUGAAUAAAAAGAUUUUCUUUUU